AAAAGUGGAGGGUGGUGGGUUUAAGGAGGGUUUGGUUGCAGCAUGAGCAUGAAUAUGAAUGAAUGAAUGAAUGAAUGAAUGAUGAUGAUGAUGGUUCCGUACAGCUCUGUGCAUACUUAUGGCGUGUCUCCCAGUCUCAUCUAUAACACAUGACACAACAUGCCAUCACUCUCACUCUCCCACUCAUGACUCCGCAAUCCCACCCCUGCCGCUGCCACCGCCACCCCGCCGCCCGCGUCACCGGCUUCUGCGCCCUCUGCCUCCGGGAGCGCCUCGCCGGGAUCCUCCCCGAUGACACCCCCCGCAGCACCCUCUCCGAUCUCUUCAGCCGGAGCCCCACCUCCCAGCCUCACCCUAGGGUUUCCCGCCAGGAUACCAAGACGGUGAAAGAGUUCAUAGAUCUCGAGCUUCAGCGUCGCAGGAGGAGCGCCGCUAGGGAUUCCGGAACCUUCUGGAACGCCGCCGCCCAGAGGUUGAGGAAAUGGAAAUGGAAACACGCCUCCUCCAACAAGGGCGAUAGCAAGGCUGCAAUCGGAAACGUGGAGAAAAGAAAAGCGCGGCGCUUGAGAGACACGCAAUCGGAGAUUGGAGACUGCAAUUUGGGGAGAAGAUCCUGCGACACCGAUCCCAGGUUUUCGGUUGACGCCGGGAGGGUGUCGUUUGAUUGUCCUCGCGCUUCAUGGGACGGGUGUUUGAUUGGAAAGUCGUGUUCGAGGCUUUCCUCGAUGGAGGAAGAUUCCAAUGACAGUGGUGGUUUGGAGAGUUCUGGGGGCGGAAGAACGAGUUUGGGUUUUGAUAGGUCAAAUUCUCGUAGGAGAAAGUCAAUUGCAGGGGUUGAUGACUUGAAAUUGAUGUCAAAUGCAAAUGCAAAUGCGAACGGGAACGCCAAGGUGUCUCCUGCGACCUUCUAUGGGGCCAAGUUGCUGAUUACUGAGAAGGAGUUGAUGGAUAGUUAUGGGAGGCCUUCCAGUGAUGUUGUUCAGUCUGAUUCUGUGGUUGAAUCUGAUUCCAAGGAUGUUGUUGAUGUGGCCAAUGGGGUUAGGCAAAAGGGUUUCAAGAAGUUGCACAAAUGGCGUGGUGUGUGGAACAAGUUAGGGUUAGUUCAUAGAAAGGAGGAAAAGUGUGAUUCUGGGGUUGUGGCUGAUAAGCCACUUGCAGAGUCUUUGCAGAGGCUGAGGAGGGUGGUUAAUGUGCAAGCAAGUGAGCCUGUUGGCCAGAAGCUUAUGCGGAGCUAUAGUGUUAGCUGUAGAAGCCCCUGUGGGAUGGAUGGUUUAGCCGAGGAUUCUGAGAGCAAAGGGAGUGUUUUGAAUGGGAGGCAAGAAUUUAUGUUUCAGAGGAACCGGAGUGUUAGGUAUUCGCCCAAUAAUCCUGACACUGGCUUGUUGAGGUUCUAUUUGACGCCGUCCAAGAGCUAUAAGAGAAGCAAGGCUGGAAGGAGUAGUGUUAAGGAUUUGAAUUCGGUGGCCAGAAGUGGUCUGUGAAACUGUAUUAGCUGUUGAAAUUGAAAGUAUGUCUGGUUGUAAAAACAUAUAUAAUGUAAUUUUUGUUGUCAACGAUAUGAAGUACAUCACACUGAUAUUAGAAUAUUGUUGCAAUUUGUCUAAUGAAUGAUGUUAGCAGAAAUAAAAGUAUUCUUUCCAUGGUGCUGUUCAAAUGGUAAUUUUCUGAUUGCAAUGGUUCUAGGAGCAACCCUUGGUUUUGCUUGAAUGUACUGCAAGAUAUGUCAUGCUGUUUAGUGAUUUAUAUUUUGUUGAUGACAUAUCUAUGAACUGGUAAAUUGCUGCCUCAAUUGCUG